AUGGACGCGCUGGCCUGGCUGCUGCCCCCGCUCCUGCUUCUCUGCGCGCAGCAGCACCGCGGCACCAGGGCAAUGAAUGACAUUGGCGACUAUGUCGGCUCCAACCUGGAAAUAUCCUGGCUCCCCAACCUGGACGGUUUGAUAGAGGGCUACGCCCGCAACUUCCGGCCUGGCAUCGGAGGCCCCCCCGUGAACGUGGCACUCGCCAUCGAGGUGGCCAGCAUCGACCACAUCUCGGAGGCGAACAUGGAGUACACCAUGACGGUGUUUCUGCAUCAGAGCUGGCGCGACAGCAGGCUGUCCUACAACCACACCAACGAGACUCUGGGCCUGGACAGCCGCUUCGUGGACAAGCUGUGGCUCCCAGACACCUUCAUCGUGAACGCCAAGUCGGCCUGGUUCCACGACGUGACGGUGGAGAACAAGCUCAUCCGGCUGCAGCCCGACGGGGUGAUUCUCUACAGCAUCCGAAUCACCUCCACGGUGGCCUGCGACAUGGACCUGGCCAAGUACCCCAUGGACGAGCAGGAGUGCAUGCUGCACCUGGAGAGCUAUGGCUACUCGUCCGAGGACAUCGUCUACUACUGGUCCGAAAACCAGGGGCAGAUCCACGGGCUGGACAGGCUGCAGCUGGCCCAGUUCACCAUCACCAGCUACCGCUUCACCACGGAGCUGAUGAACUUCAAAUCGGCCGGCCAGUUCCCCCGGCUCAGCCUGCACGUCCACCUCCGGAGGAACCGGGGCGUCUACAUCAUCCAGUCCUACAUGCCCUCCAUCCUCCUGGUCGCCAUGUCCUGGGUCUCCUUCUGGAUUAGCCAGGCAGCAGUGCCCGCCAGGGUGUCUCUAGGCAUCACCACAGUGCUGACCAUGACCACACUGAUGGUCAGUGCCCGCUCCUCCCUCCCGCGGGCAUCGGCCAUCAAGGCGCUGGACGUGUACUUCUGGAUCUGCUACGUCUUUGUGUUUGCCGCCCUGGUGGAGUACGCCUUCGCCCACUUCAACGCUGACUACCGGAAGAAGCAAAAGGCCAAGGUCAAGGUCAAGGAGCAGAGGGCCGAGAUGGACGUGAAGAAUGCCAUCGUGCUCUUCUCCCUUUCGGCCGCGGGCGUCACCCAGGAGCUGGCCGUGUCCCGCCGGCAGUGCCGCGUGCCCGGGAACCUCAUGGGUUCCUACAGGUUGGUGGAGGUGGAGACAGAGGAGACGAAGAAGCAGGGGGCCCAGGGGGGCCUCCGUGCGCUUUUCAAGCCCAUCGACGCGGACACCAUUGACAUCUACGCCCGUGCCGUGUUCCCGGCGGCCUUCGCCGCUGUCAACGUCAUCUACUGGGCCGCGUACACCAUGUGA